UUUAAACGAUUACUUGUUGAUAAAUUCAUCGUGCUCUUGUUUCUAUUUCAAAAAUUUAUAGGUUAAGGUAAAACGUGCAAUUAACUUUAAUAAAAUGGGUAAUAGAAUAAUACGAUCGUUCAGUGUAAUUAUUUUUUUACUUAUUUGUAAUUAUUAUUAUACAGAAUCUGCAUUGUCUACGGAUUCAAUACAUUUUUUAAAACCAGGAGAUGUCUAUUCAAAUGACAAACCUGGAUUACAAAUCUUUUGUCACAAUGCUAAUUCAAAAUACUUGAUACAUAUGUGGAGAAGUUUAACAAUGCACUUAAAUACAAAUAUAGAUAAUUAUGAUUUUUAUAUUGGAAAAACUCCUCAAGAAGUAAUACAAAAGCAUGAUGAUAAUCAGCGGUCUUGGAGCCUUAGUUUAUUUAGCACAAAAAAGAGUAACAAAUUGAAAAUUAAUCCAUUUGAAGAUAUAUGUAUCGGUGUAUAUGUAUAUAAUAAUAUAUCUAAUUUAUAUAAAUAUACAAUGAGUAUAAUUCAAACACGUAUUGACUUCUCAGAAUUAUUAUUAAUGCUACUAGGCAUUCUAAUUUUUUGGACUGCUCAUAAACUCAGUGGAAAUCCUUUAUUUUAUUAUUUUACAUGUAUAACUCUUGGUGUCUCCACUUCAAUUAUAAUUCUAGUAUACUUUUUUAGCAAGUUCUUACUAAGGGGUAAACUUAUGUACUUGAUGAUCGCAACUGGUUGGACAAUGAGUUUUUAUUUAAUUCAAAUGUUAUGGGAAAAUAUCCAACAAAUCGUAGUUCAAUACAGGGAAUGGGUGGCAUGGUAUAUUUUAUUAACGUCUUUAAUCAGUUUCGUCAUUAGUUAUCGAUUUGGUCCAGUUACAAAUACUAGAACGAAAAAACUUAUCCAAUGGUUUUUACAGAUAGGAGGACUGUUAACCAUAUUUUAUAGCAGUUAUUUUCGCGAAGCAUCAUUUUUUUGUUGUCUUAUAAUUACUCUACUUUAUAAUUUUCCCAUUGCAAUAAUUCGAAAAGGACAUAAUUAUUGGAAAAACAUGUUUCCCAUAAAAAGGAAGUUAUUAACGGAAGACGAAUAUCGUAAAGAAGGAAUAAGAGAAACUAAUAAAGCGUUACACGAGUUAAGAGAAUAUUGUUCUAGUCCUAACUGUAAUCCAUGGAAAACAGUUUUAAGGUUGAAAGAUCCGAUAAGGUUUGCCAAGUUUAUGGAAGGCGAUUCACAUUUGUCCGACGAUGAGUCGCGGGAACACGAUAUCGAGAUUACAAGAAUAAUAGAAGAGUGUGAAUAUACGGAUGAUGAGGAUUAUUUGUGAUAAAUGUAUAUAUAUAUAAGAAUCAUUAGUUUUAUUAAAAGAUCAAUUCAUAUGUACAUAAAAUACGAGCUUCCAUCAUGCAAUUUUGCAUUUUUGAUCAUAUUUAUUCCAAAUUGUUCCGAGUGUUUUGAAAUAUUAUAAAAAAGAAAAGAAAUUGUACUUUGCAUCUCUCGA